AUGGAUUUGCAAAAAAACAUUUGCUUAUUUUUUGACUCAUGUAGACUGUGCCUAAAAGAACCAGGACUGUACAAUAUAUAUGAAGAAACACACUUACAGAGAGAUAUUUUUAUUUGCACUAGUAUAAAGGUAUCCAUUACAGAUAAUCUGCCAGAGAGAAUUUGUUACAAUUGCUACGAUAUUAUUAAAAAGGCAAUUGAUUUUCGAGAUAUAUCAAUGAAAAAUGAUUCACAUCUUAAAUCUUUAUUUGCUGACGACGAGAUUGGUGAAGAUUUGAAAGACAUAAAAGAUGCAACUACACAAAUCAAAAACACACAUUCCGUUAAAGACCUUCAAAGUGAGAAUCUAAAAAUAAUCAAAAAUUCAAAUGAGGAUGUAAAAUCACGUGAAGCUGAAUCUGGCUCAACAAGAUCGAGUACAAUAUCAAUAAGAAAAGAUUUAUUUCCAAGUCCAGAAAAGGUUUCGCACACCAUCACAAAUAGUGUGCAAGACAGCAAUGGAAUUAAAAGGAUGAAGCUUGAGAAAACAGAAGUUCUUGAGUAUAAAUGUGGGGAAUGCUCCAAGACCUAUGAUACUUGGAAAAAGUUGUAUUUACAUGUACGACUACACAAUAAAAAUAUUGUCUGCCCACUAGACCUAUGUAGUAAAAAGUUUGCAACCAAGGGCGACUUGGAGAAGCACAUACGCACUCAUACAGGUGAAAAACCGUAUCAAUGUAGCCUUUGUGAACGGAGUUUUGCACAAAGGGGAUCAUUAAAAAGUCACAGAGAAACUGUACAUAUUGGUGCAGUAAGUCCUACAAGAGGAUCAUAA